UAAUAUUUCUCUUGGGUAUCCCGUAUACAAACAUUUUUUGUACAUCUCAUCUAAUCUGUUCUUUUGUGUUUCAUCACCCAGGAUCCAUCUACUCACAAAAGUUGAUUAGGUAUCAGUAACUAGUUGUUUCCAUCUUCUCAUCACAAGUGUAACUAAGAAUGGAAUACUAAUCUCAACUAUGUGUAGCUACAAAUGUAAAUUCAAUAAAGCAAGUUCAAGAAUUAAGCUUUGUGACCAUAUCAGUGAGGUCCAAAUAUUGCCCUAUCCAUAGAGCAAACACAUCAUCAAUGCAUCUGAACCAGCAUCAUCUACCAAGCCGCCACCCCAAACAAUCUGAAGAAUAAAUGGCUUCCUCCGUCUGCAACAAUUCAUUUGGCGCUGUCCAGACUACGUUCCUGGCUCCAAUGUAUGGAGUGGAGUUUGUGGUGUCUGUGCUCGGUAAUAGCCUUGCCAUCUGGCUCCUUGGGCCUGGAAGCUCUAAGAAUCGCCAUGCAGGCAUCAUCUUCUCUCUGAACCUGGCAGUGAGCGACCUCUUCUAUUCCCUGUCCCUGCCACUGCUGGUGGCCUACUAUACCAUGAACAAGAACUGGGUGUUUGGUUUGGCCAUGUGUAAAGUGGAACGUUUCGUCUUCAAUUGCAAUCUGUACGGAAGCAUCUUCUUCAUCACUUGUAUUAGUGCCAACCGCUACCUGGGCAUCGUCUUCCCAUUUUACACCAGAGGUAGAGUGGAGAGCAAGCAUGCCAAAUGGGUCAGUUUGGGCGUAUGGGUGCUGGUAGCUGCCAUCUCUGCCCCUGUCUUUUUAUUCUCAAAACUGCAAGUGGAAAAUAACAAAACAGAGUGUUUGGGGACAGCUGUCAAUAGUGAGCUGCCAUCUUAUUUUCCUUACAGCCUUUUCCUGGCUGGCUUUGGUUGUGCUCUUCCAUUCCUGAUCACCUUCUUGUCCUACAUUGGAAUAGCCAAGGCUGUAUGGAAAAGCCAUGGGUUAGAACCCCGGGAGAAAAGAAAGGUGGUGACUCUGGUGUGUGUGGUUGUGCUACUCUACGCCAUCUCCUUUGUGCCCUAUCACAUUCUGAGGAAUCUCAACCUGAAGAACCGCAUAGCCACAUCAGAUUGCAAGUGGUCUCUAAAGAUCCAUUCUGCCUUUCAGGUGGCCAAAGCUCUUGUUUCUUUGAAUCCCUGUAUCCACCCACUGCUCUACACAGCCGUGAUAGACAAUGUCAGGGCCAAACUUGGCUGCUACCAGGAGAGCCAAGAUGUGAAGUCCCAAGGAGAGAGUAGACUUUAAACCCCAUGAAGUCCAAGGAGAGAGUAGACUUUAAACCCCAUGAAGUCCUAAAAACAUGAUAAAACACAGUGCCUCAACCUAAAUUCAUAGGCUGAAUAGAUAAAGAAUAUGUGGGAUCCAUUGUACAUAUCAAGGAAUACAGUAGCUGUGCUUAAAUUUAAGAUAUUCCAGGAGAUCAUUUGGAAGCAUCCUCUUGAACCCAAAGACUGGAAGAAUUCAGUAACUCUCAAACAAUCAAACAGCAGGGAGUAAAGAACAAUUGGACUCAAAUGUAUAAAUGUAUAUAUUAUAACGUGUGUGUGUUAUUCUUCUGUAGCAUUUUUUGGCUACUUCUUUUCCAUAUUUGAAUAUUAUUUUAGAAUUUGAA